AUGUCUUCUCAUCGGUUAGAGGCCUCUGGUACUAGUGAGAGCACCAACAACAAUUCCUCGCAAACACCAAACAGAAGGGCACCAGUCUGGGAGUAUUAUGAGCCGGAUUUGGUCGAGAUAGAUGGUGUCCUAAAAGCAAUUUGCAAGUACUGUGGAACAAAGUUGACUGCGAACAGAAAAUUAGGUACAAACAGCCUUCGAACUCACAUUGCAGAGCAUUGCCCCACAAUCCCUAGUGAUGAUAGGAACAAAUUUGUCGCUACAAUGAAGAAAAAGCCUGUAGAUAGUUCAUUCACCUUUAAUCAACAGAGAAGUCGUGACUUGAUGAUUGCAUGGUGUGUUAGAGCUGAUGUAGCAUUCAAUAAGUUUGAUGAUGAAGGGUUUGAGCCUUGGAUGGAAUCAUUGCAACCUGCAUUUAGAUGCAUAGGACGACAAAUGAUUCGUAAUGAAUGUGUUGCUAAGUUUGAGAGAGCAAAGAUAGAAUUGCGAAGUGAACUUCAGAGUCUUAACUCUCGCAUUUGCUUCACAUCUGAUCUUUGGACAUCAAACCAAAAGUUGGGAUAUAUUUGUGUGACAGCUCACUAUAUUGGCCCUGAUUUUGUUUUGAAGAAAAAGAUAAUUGCAUUUAAGGAUCUGAAGUAUCCACAUACGGGUGUAGCUAUUGAGGAAGCCAUUACAACUGUUCUAACAGAUUAUGGUAUCAAAGAGAAGAUGUUUACCAUCACACUCGAUAAUGCAACAAAUAACAAGGCAGCUUGUGAUCUUUUGCAAGAAAGCGGAAAGUCUGACAUGUUAUUUGGUGGUGAGCAUCUUCUUGUUAGAUGUUGUGCUCAUAUACUCAACAUUCUUGUCCAAGAUGGUAUGAACAUUGUUAGUGCUAUGAUAGAGUUGAUAAGAGACCUGAUUAGGCACAUUAACUCAUCACCAUCGCGUAUCCAGGAUUUCAAUGAGAUAGCUCAAAGGGAAUGUCUUGCUGCAAAGGCUGGUUUAGUCCUUGAUGUUCCCUACCGUUGGAACUCAACCCAUGCCAUGAUUAUGGAGGCAGUAAAGUACAAGAUCGUCUUGAAGCGAUAUGCCCAAGCAAAUCAGCAACCAUUUCCAACUGAAGAUGAGUUUAGCAAAGUUGAGUAUAUUGGUGAGUUUCUUGGAGUUUUUGAAGAAACUACCAGGGCGUUCUCAGCUGAUAGAUACGCUACUUCCCACAUGUUUCUGGAUAAUGUGCUUUGUAUCCAUCAAACUCUAAAUAGUCCAGAAUGGUACAAGGAUGAGGUUAUCGCAGAUUUGGCAAAAGCAAUGGAGAGGAAAUUUGAUAAGUAUUGGAAUGGAAAUUACAAUAUGGUCCUUGUUAUUUGCAGCAUACUUGAUCCAAGAACAAAAGUUGACUUCUUAGACUUCUUUUAUGAGAAGGUGUGCAGGAACUUUAUUGACAUUGACUUGAGCAAAAAUCAGGCUAAAGAGUGGCUUCGCCUAUAUUUUAGGAAGUAUGAAGAGGUUAUUAGACAAAAUGAUACAAAUGUAGUAUCACAAACUGGUGCGUCCAGGAGCAUGGUGAACCAUUCUCCAGUGCUAGUUCUUGGAAAAAGAAGACUAGAACAAGAAUUUGCUGAAUAUAGGCAUCAGAGGAGAGGGACUUGGAUUGAAAAAUCAGAACUUGAUGCAUAUCUAGAUGAACCACCAGUGAGAACAGAUGAAAAUUUUGAAAUUCUGACUUGGUGGAAGACAAACUCCAACAAGUACCCUGUGCUGUCAGCGAUGGCACGCGAUUUCUUAGCAAUUCCACUCAGCACCGUUUCUUCUGAAUCAGCAUUCAGCUUGAGUGGUCGGAUUCUUAGUGACAAUCGAAGCUCAAUGACACCAGAAACUCUUGAAGCUUUGGUCUGUUGCAAAGAUUGGCUGUACAAGUAUCCCACCAAUGAAGCCACCUGA